CGUAGGGAACCUCUGGCGGGGACGCGUGAAGGGCGCCUCUGAGCAUGUGCAGAGAGCCUCGCUCCUUGGCGGCGGCGUGUCACCGAUGCGGGUUUGCGUCGCCAAGGCAACGGCCGCCCCGCCCCCGGCGGCCUAACGUCAUCACGCCCGUGCGCCGUCUCCAUGACUGCAAGGGAAGCGGGAGAGAGGUCAGGCGGCGGCGGCGGCGGCGGCGCGAGAAAAGGAGUCUCCCCAGAAGCAGGAUGUAUCGCAAGGAGAAGAGCGUCCUGCUCAAGGACAGCACCUUGGCCCUGUACAACAACCUGAGCGUGCUGCCGCUGCCCGCCAAGCACCUCACCUACUUUGCCAGCGUGCACGGCAGCACCGUCAACAUGGUGAGCGCCUCUGACGACGGCCUUGGCUUCUCGCAUCGCCAGCUGCAGGCCAAGGAGGGCAGCCUGGGAAUUGGCGCCUCCAUCAUCACCCAGGCUACCUGGUGCACCCUCCCUUCUCGGGUCCUCUUAGUCCUGACUUCGCGGAAGGGUAUCCAGAUGUACGAGUCGGAUGGUUCCGUCAUGGUGUAUUGGCACGCGCUGGAGGGCACGGAGUCUUCGCCAGGGCAGGCUGUGUUCGCUCGUGGGAUCGCAGCGACGGGACAGCGUUUUGUUUGUGUAGGGACAUCCUCCGGGUCGGUCCUCGUCUUUGACAUCCCCCCCAAAGGCACCAACAUCACACUGAGCGAAGUCCUUGAGAAGCACUGCAGCCCCAUCACGGACGCCGGUGCGGAGCUCUGCGAGCAGCCGGAGGGAGCAGCUGACCUGGUGACCGCAGACGACUCCGGGUCCCUGUGCGUCUGGUGCUCUGGGGAGAGGUUCACGCUGCUCACCACCAUCGUCCCAGCUUCUGAGUGCACGUGCUCCUCGGUGAAGCUGUGGAAGGGGCUCAUUGCUGCUGGCUACGGGAACGGGCUGAUUCGUCUGUAUGAGGCAGCAAGCGGGACCCUGCAAGCUGAGGUUGGCGCUCAUGCACGCUGGAUCUAUGCCCUGGACGUGGCACCGCUGUCGGGAAAGCUGCUCUCUGCUGCCGAGGAUUCCUUUGUGCAGGUCUGGAGACUGAGCCACAAUCCAGACACGGAGGACGUGGAGAUUGAGCACUGCCAUGGGGAAUGUGUGACCGAUGCCCUGCUCUGCGGCGCCCGCUUCUGCGACCCCGAGGGCAGCACCUUCGCAGUCACCGGCUUUGAGCUCAACGAGAUUCUCCGCUACGUGCAGGUGUAGCCCCUCCUGGCUGCGAGCAAGGGGGGCGGAGGCCGUUCAGCCACCUUGCCGUACCUAGAGGGGCUCAGGCUGGGGACCAUUCAGCUGGGGCCCAGCCAGUUUCCCCUCGGAGACAGUUACCCCUCCCUUUCUUUCCAGCCACGUAGGCCCGACAGCCACCCUCCUUUCUGGAGCAAGGGACUGCCCAGAACA